AUGGCUGCGAUCACAACUACCCAGCAAAAGAAGUUUGCGACUGACCUAACGGACUAUGCCAAGCGUCGUCAGACUGAUGGGCCCUACGCCGACAACCUCGAUGUAGACGUGCUCAUCGUAGGCGGCGGAUUCGGCGGAGUCUUCAUGCUGAAGACUCUGCGGGAGAUGGGCCUGCGAGCCGUCAUCUACGAAGCCGGAACCUCGUUCGGAGGCACCUGGCGCUGGAAUCGCUAUCCCGGCGCACGCGUCGACUCCGAGGUUCCAGAGUAUGAGUUUUCGUGGCCCGAGGUGUUCAAGGACUGGACCUGGUCCACCAACUAUCCCAACUAUCAGGAGCUGCGGCAAUACUUUGAUCACGUUGAUAGAGUACUGGAUCUCUCCAAAGACUGCUCAUUUGAUACGGUUGUCGUUGGCGCUCAGUUCCAACCGACCGAAGGAAAAUGGCACGUAAAGACCGCCGACGGCCGCCUGGCAAAGAGCAAGUACUUUGUCGUUGCCGCCGGUUUCGCCUCAAAACGCUACAUCCCCAACUGGCCCGGCAUCGAAAAGUUUCAAGGCAUAGUCCACCACUCCUCCUUCUGGCCCGAGGAAGCCGUCAACGUCCGCGGCAAACGCUGCGCCGUCAUCGGCACAGGCGCCUCGGGCGUCCAGAUAUCCCAGGAAUGGGGCCAAGCCGUCGGCGAAGACGGCGAGCUCAAGGUCUUCCAGCGCACGCCGAACCUGGCGGUGCCGAUGGGGAAACGGCCCCUCACGGCGCAGGAGCAGAACGUCGGCAAGGUGUGGUACCCGCGCCUCUACCAGCUGCGCGAGAAGUGCUUUGGCGGCUUCGUGUACGGCAUGGUGGAGCGCAACACCUUUGACGACUCGCCCGAGGAGCGCGAGGCCUUUUAUCGAUCGCUGUGGGCGCACGGCGGGUUCCGGUUCUGGCUUGGGAAUUACAAGGAUAUGUUGUUUGAUGCCGAUGCCAACAAGGAGGCGUACGACUUUUGGGCGCGGAACGUCCGCGCCCGGAUCGGUGAUGCGAGGAAGCGGGAUAUUUUGGCGCCAAAGGUUGAAAAGAUGCCGCACUUCUUUGGCGUCAAGAGGCCUUGCUUGGAGCAGAACUACUAUGAGCAGUUCAAUAAGGCCAAUGUCGAUGUUGUCGAUAUCAGCAAGAACGAGAUUGACAGCUUCACCGAGACGGGCAUCAGGUUGAAGGAUGGGACGCAGUAUGACUUUGACGUGGUCGCCAUCGCCACUGGAUUUGACAUCACCACGGGAGGCAUGACAAACAUGGGCCUAAAGAGCGUCAACGACACCUACCUCCAAGACGAGUGGAAGGCCGCAGCCAACACCUACCUCGGCACGACCAUCAGCGGCUACCCCAACAUGUUCCACAUGUAUGGCCCCCACGGGCCGACGCUCCUGAGCAACGGGCCCUCGACGGUUGAGGUCCAGGGCCGCUGGAUCGCCGACUGCAUCCGCAAGAUUGAGCGGGAGAAUAUUCGGUACAUCAAUCCUACCGCGGACGCGACCAGGGCGUGGAAGCAGCGAAUCAACGAGCUCAGCGACGCGUCCUUGUUCCCCACGACGCGGUCGACGUACAUGGGCGGAUCGAUGCCGGGCAAGGCGUUUGAGCAGGUGAAUUUCGCGGGGGGGAUACCGCAGUAUGCAAAGGAGAUUAGGGAGAAGCUGGAUGGGUGGUCUGGGUUUGAUAUUGUCAAGGAUACGAGGGAUAAGAGUAGGAUUUAG